GCUGUGGCGAAGUCACAGAAGCUUCAGCCCGGGUGCAAAGCGGACGAACACGCCUGGUGCCCCGGGGAGGGGUGUCACAAAGGGGAGGAGGAGCAGUAAGAGGAGGUGGAAGGGAAGAGACAGCCUCUUUCCUUAAGACCUCUAGAGGCUCUGACCUCAGGGGCUAAGGGACUAUCCGGAGAGGGAAGCCAGUUUCCUCCACCUGGGCUGCCUGAAGAGGCCACGACCCUGGAGGAUCCUAAGCCAACCGAUCUAAGGGCCCCAGCACCACUCCAGGGACCUAAAGCAACAGUCUCAGGGACCACUUCAAGGUUUCCAGUUGCCUAGACAACGAGCCCUGGGUCGGAGCAACAGCACUUCCAGCAUCUGCCUGCAACUGCAGCCUUGGGCAAUAGUCCCAGCCCUCAGCUUGCCCACCAGUCCAGGUGACAUGCCGGUGCUUUCUACUCCACGAUCCUCGAGGGUGACCACGCUGAAGCGCACAGCUGUGGUCCUGGCCCUCACAGCUUAUGGAGUCCACAAAAUCUACCCUCUAGUACGGCAGUGUCUGACUCCUGCCAGAGGCCCUCAGGUGCCAACUGGGGAGCCCAUGCAAGAGACCUCUGGGGCCACAGCAGCCAGGGCUGGCAUGAACCGGGUAUUCCUGCAGCGGCUCCUGGUGCUCCUGAGGCUGCUGUUCCCCAGAGUCUUGUGCCGGGAAACAGGGCUGCUGGCCCUGCAUUCUGCUGCUCUGGUAAGCCGAACUUUCUUGUCUGUGUAUGUGGCCCGCUUGGACGGCAGACUGGCCCGCUGCAUUGUACGCAAGGACCCACGGGCCUUUAGCUGGCAACUGCUGCAGUGGCUCCUCAUCGCCCUUCCUGCCACUUUCAUCAACAGUGCCAUCCGUUACCUAGAGGGCCAGCUAGCUCUGUCUUUCCGAAGCCGUCUAGUUGCUCAUGCCUACAGCCUCUACUUCUCCCAGCAGACUUACUACCGAGUAAGCAACAUGGAUGGACGGCUUCGAAACCCUGACCAAUCUCUGACGGAGGAUGUGGUAGCCUUUGCUGCCUCUGUAGCCCACCUGUAUUCCAACCUGACCAAGCCGCUCCUGGACGUGGCUGUGACAUCCUACACUCUCCUUCGAGCUGCCCGCUCCAGAGGAGCUGGCACAGCCUGGCCCUCAGCCAUCGCUGGCCUGGUGGUAUUCCUAACAGCCAACGUGCUUCGAGCCUUCUCUCCCAAGUUUGGGGAGCUGGUAGCAGAGGAGGCCCGGCGGAAGGGAGAACUUCGCUACAUGCACUCUCGAGUGGUGGCCAACUCAGAGGAAAUUGCCUUCUACGGGGGCCAUGAGGUGGAACUGGCACUACUACAACACUCCUAUCAAGACCUGGCUUCACAGAUCAACCUUAUCCUGCUGGAACGCCUAUGGUAUGUCAUGCUGGAACAGUUCCUCAUGAAAUAUGUGUGGAGUGCAUCUGGCCUGCUCAUGGUAGCUGUCCCCAUCAUCACAGCAACUGGCUAUGCAGAGUCAGACUCAGAAGCCAUGAAGAAGGCAGCCUUGGAAAUGAAGGAGGAGGAGCUGGUUAGUGAACGCACAGAAGCCUUCACCAUUGCCCGAAACCUCCUCACAGCUGCUGCAGAUGCCACCGAGAGGAUCAUGUCAUCCUACAAGGAGGUGACAGAGCUGGCUGGCUACACAGCCAGAGUGUAUGAGAUGUUCCAGGUAUUCGAAGAUGUCCAACACUGUCGUUUUAAGAGGACCGGGGAUCUAGAGGAGGCUCAGGCUAGGCCUGGGGCCAUGGUAAAGUCUGGUGUCCGUGUAGAGGGGCCCCUGAAGAUCCAAGGCCAGGUGGUAGAUGUGGAGCAGGGGAUCAUCUGUGAGAACAUCCCCAUCAUCACACCCACAGGAGAGGUGGUGGUGGCCAGCCUCAACAUCAGGGUGGAAGAAGGCAUGCACCUGCUCAUCACAGGCCCCAAUGGCUGUGGCAAGAGCUCACUGUUCCGAAUCCUGGGUGGACUCUGGCCCACAUACAGUGGUGUACUCUAUAAGCCCCCACCCCAGCGCAUGUUCUAUAUCCCUCAGAGGCCCUACAUGUCCGUGGGCUCCUUGCGUGACCAAGUGAUCUAUCCUGAUUCUGCGGAGGAUAUGCGGAGGAAGGGCUGUUCGGAGCAGCAGCUGGAAGACAUCCUGGGCAUCGUGCAUCUCCGCCACAUCCUGCAACGGGAGGGAGGUUGGGAGGCUGUGUGUGACUGGAAGGACGUCCUAUCUGGAGGUGAGAAGCAGAGGAUUGGCAUGGCCCGCAUGUUCUACCACAGGCCAAAGUACGCCCUCCUGGAUGAAUGCACUAGUGCUGUGAGCAUUGAUGUGGAAGGCAAGAUCUUCCAAGCAGCCAAAGAUGCUGGUAUCGCACUACUGUCCAUCACCCAUCGGCCCUCCCUAUGGAAGUACCACACACACUUGCUGCAGUUUGAUGGGGAGGGAGGCUGGAAGUUUGAGAAGCUGGACUCGGUAGCCCGCCUGAGCCUGACUGAGGAGAAGCAGCGCCUGGAGCAGCAGCUGGCAGGCAUCCCCAAGAUGCAGGGGCGCCUUCAGGAGCUCCGCCAGAUCCUUGGCGAGGUUGCAGCCCCAGUUCAGCCCUUAGUCCCAGCCAACUGCCUGCCUUCUCUGAAGAUCCCACUCGCGAGCAAGUGGAUAUGAAUGACACUCUGCUUCUUCCCGUCCCCAUCCCACCUUCACCCUGAGAUCUGCUCCACGAACUGUGCCCUGUUAGGGUAAUGUGUCCUUUACUUUUCUCUGGGGAGGGGUGGAGGGUUUGGAAGGCCCUAGUCCUGACCCUACAACAGUAUGGCUGAGCCAUAGGAAGUAAGCAGGAGCUGCCCCCUUACUGCCAGCAGCCAGAAUGUUUGGCAAGCCUGGUGGUUGUGAAACCCAAGUCCUCAUUGUUCCUUUGAUCUGUCCCUUUGUUGCCAUUUCUUUGGGUGGCCAGCCAAUGCCCCUGUCCCACAGGACACCCCCUCAUGGAAACAGCCGAAUGAGGCAUAGGAUCAGACAAGGUCCAAAGUGUGCCCUUCCCCAUGUUAACCCCCAGAACAGCACAGUGUUCCUCCUGAACCAUGAGAAGAGUGUAGCCCUGGCCUUCCCACUCCUCCACCUUUUACAACCUAAUUUAUUUGACUCCCAGUUUAUAGCUGUCUGGAUUGCCAACAUGAGCACCCUGCCAGCACAGGAGGUCACUGGUGGUCCCUUUGGUCUGCCCAGCCUCUGGUGCCAAACCUGGCCCCUCACCAGCCUACACUGCCAGUUGCCACUGGGGGUGCCCUCUGCCGGCUAGGCAGGAGUGAGGGCACAAUGUUCCCAGCUCAGUGCCAAAGAGGGGUCAUAGGAGGUGCUGUGUCUGCUCAGCCAGCCCUCAACAAGAGGGAGACCCCACACACACUGCCACUGUGUGCCUUUCCUGGGCCCUCAGCCCUCUGGCUGGGUGCCCCCCACAGCCCCCUCAGUAAAAACCUCUGGAAAGUACA